AGCGACAUUCAGUCGUCUGUGAACCGCGAGUUUGUGCCUUCGCUGUCGUCGUAGCCGUCCGCUCGCCGCCGCCGCCGUUGAUCGACACGACGUAUAGCAGUAAUCUCAGAACAGUCGAUUUUAAAUCGUUUUUACACCGCAUAGGCCCAGGUCAAGCUCAUUCCUCGUCUGCAACGAUCACAGACGAUCGUUGCCGAUCAACUGCAAUAAUUGCACUUCAGGCGCAAUCACAGCAGUAACGCGACAUUUCCGGUGAUAUAUUAUUAUAUUGGAAUUUCGUCGUCGUCGCUAUCGAAAGUCACGUGGGACGACCAUGAAACUUCAGACAUCUUCGUCGGGCGGCAGCACGCCGUCGCCACAAGGCUUCUCGCUGUCGCCGACAGCCGGCACCAGUGUCCGUUGGUCGCACUGGAACAGCGCGUUCUGUCCAGUUCGCACAGCCGCCGCGGCCGCGGACAUGUCCACCGCUGAGAUACCGUAUCCCGCGAUGGUCACACCCGGCCACAUGAUGCCGUACAGAUUUAUCAACGUGCGCAAUCCGCAAUACAAUUGGCCGGUCGUGAUACCGUACCCGCCGCUGCCCACAGCAGCCAAUCAUCCGUUCUACCUGUCCAACACCGGUAUCGAAUACCACCGCCAGGUCCAGCUGCAGCUUAAUUACAUACAGCAGCAGCAGCACGAUCGGUUCCGGCAGCAGAUCUCGCCGGACAGGGCCAGCCUGGACGCGGCCGGCCAGACGCCCGAGAUGGCCAGAUUCGAUGAAGUUUCUGAAACGCCGCUGAACUUGUGCAUCAAAAAACGAAGUCACGAAAUUUGGUCGCCCGGAAGUCUGUGCGAGAAGGAAAAGUCACCCGUAGCCCCGGAAACUUUAACAGACAAUGUAUUGGGAGUAGAGAGAUCUUUCCAGUGUAAGCUGUGCUACAAGACUUUCAAGCGUUCUUCAACGCUAUCGACUCAUCUACUUAUUCACUCCGAUACGAGACCGUAUCCGUGUCAAUUUUGUGGUAAACGGUUCCACCAGAAGUCGGAUAUGAAGAAGCACACUUAUAUUCAUACUGGUGAGAAACCGCACAAGUGCGUGGUGUGUUUCAAGGCGUUCAGCCAGUCGUCCAACUUGAUCACGCACUUGCGCAAACACUCUGGUUACAGGCCAUUUCCGUGUGGCCUGUGCGACAGGGCAUUCCAGCGGAAGGUGGACCUGCGCAGGCACCGCGAGACCAUGCACCCCGGGACCCCGGCCGCUCAGCAGUACCACAUCACCAGCACCACGGCCGCGGUGGCCGACCAACAGACCGCCGUCGCCAUUGCCGCGCUGCAGGCGCCGUCCACCGUUGCCGCCACUGCUUCCGCCGUCGCCGCAGCCGCUGCUGCCGCUACCGCCGCCGCUGCCGCUACCGCCUCGGCCAUAGACGCCGCCGUGGCCGGGAGUAGCGGCACGCUCAGCUAAUGGGCUCGCCGCGCGAAUGACGCGUCGAAAGGCACUCGUUCUCUUUUCGGUGCCCAAGUCCACUGCCGCACUAGUCUCUACCGCGGCUGGCUUAGACACCGAAACGAGCACGAACUUUCAGCGCUCUCUCUUUCGUCGGAGGUUCGACGUCCGCGCAAGCGCAGAUGGUGACCCACCGUCGUAGCAACACAUUCAAGACUAUAUUAAAAAAAAAAAAAAAAACCAUUAUAUUAUAUAUAGUAUUAUAUUAAAAUACAGCCAACGGUGAAGUCCGAACAACACCGCUCGAGGAAGCGACCCGGCUAUCGGAAUUUUGUCAAAUUUUCAUACCCGUUCGAGGGCCGAAUACUUAUUAUUCGUGGGCGAACACGCACGAAAAUUUGACAAAAUUAAUACGAUUAUUAUACAAGCCGCAACACGUGAAGACGGUAGUGUAUACAUAUAAUUAUAUAAAUAUAUAACACACACAUCGUUACGAAUUACGAACGGCCGAUCAGGGUGGUCUGCGCCGGGUUAGUCCCUUUACGCGAGUUUCGCAGAAACAAAACUUAAAAAAAAAAGAAAACAUACCUACCCGUUCGCCCCGGGACGCCGGUGCAGGUCUCUCGGGACGCGUCGGACUCGCGGCGAGCAUAUGGUCGCCAUCACCCAAAGACCACCGAAACGGCGUCUCGUGUAUAAUUAAUAUAAUCCUAUACAUCAUAUAUUAUUGGGUCGCGUAUAACGUAUAAUAGUAAUAUAUACACGUGUAAUGUAUAACACGUUUGUCGAGGGAAAACCAAAAAUCGCGUCGAAAUCGCGUGUGCUUGGACCUACUGCGACGGGACGAGAGCAGCACACGUGUUCGCCUUGACGCGCUGCGGCAUUACAAAAAUAAUAAUAUGUUUUCACUGGAUAAGACGUCGUGAUUUAUAGUUAUCGGCCGCGAUAAGAACCAAGCGUGCAGUGUAUAUAGUCAACAGACCAUAUUUUUAUUACUAUUAUUGUAUAAUAUUAUUAUUAUAACGUCGAGUCAUAUAUAUAUAUCAUAAAAUAUAGUUCAUUACGAUCGUAACCCGCAGCAGUUCGCGCACAUACGGCGGGCGUCGAACCAUACGGAUUCCUGUUCGUUUAUUGUGCAGCUAACCGUUAAAACAUCGCAGCGGAUAUGCGCGCAUCUCUAGUCCGUACUUGUUUACCAAUCGGUUCUACACAAAUGUGCAGAAUCGUGUAAUAAAAUAUAUAUUAUGAUGUUAUGGCCUCUGUGUUAGGUAUUUUUUUUCUAUUACCAUUAUCAUUCAGGUGCGUUCGCUACUAGCCGAGCCGUGUCGGGUUCCGUAUUUUCAAUGCAAGUUGGACAAUAAUGAACACGACACGACUCGGCGAUUAGCGAACGCAGCUUUAUUAUUAUUAAUAAUAACAUUAUAUUAUACGCGUUCGCCCCACAUACGAAAAAUUAUCUUCGAAAAAAAUUACCCAAAAAAAUAUUUUCACUACAGUUUAUCUGUUAUUACUUUUGUGUACAUACAUAACAUUAUUAUUGUGAUUUCAAUCGCAUUUUCAGCGUAUUAUUAUUGGCCGUUGUUUUUUUUUAUUAUUAUCCCAUAGGCUUUCGUAGAGUUAGUGGUAGUGGAUCGGUACAAUUUAUAGGCAUGAUAAAAUAAAAUAUGUAAAAUUUCAGAAAAAAUAAACUUUUUUACCGGCGCGCGUUUUUGUCCCGAAACAAUUAUUUAUAUAUUAUUAUCACAGUUGAGAAGUAAAAGAAUAUACACUUACGACGGUAAUCAAAAAAACUCAACAGACAAUUCAAAAUUUCAGUAAUAUUUUACAUAUUUUUUUUAUUUACACCUGUCAUCUCCGUGCAUGGCACGUGCAUUAUUAAUUAUUGUCCCGACGCAACCACAUAAUAAACGGCGCUGAUAUUAUUAUUUUUACUAUUAUAAUUAUUAUUUUAACGUAAGUCAAGCUCCGAAAUAUUCGCGUUUUUCAUAGGUAAUAAUUGUAGACUUGUACCGUAGCAGUAAUUCCCGAAUAAGAACGGAAAAUAAUAACAGUCCGCCACCGGACAAUUACUACAUUUUUUUUUAUUUCCGUAUUGUAUUUUCAUGGCACAACAUUCCGGUGACCAUUUUUUCAUGAUUAUUAUUAAUAAUAUUAUUAUUUCAUAUUUAGUAACAUACAAACAUUAUACAAUUUUGUGCACGACGUAUUAUCGUUGUGAUUAUUAUUUUUAUUAUUAUUACCUAUAUAUGAUACAUUUUUUUAAAUGAUUUUGUGCUAGUUUUAAGAAAGUGAUAAUUAAAAUGAAGAAAAAACAACAAUAAGUAAUAUAAUAUUUUACACAAUUUGUUGUCGUUCGUAAUCAUAUUUUAUUGUAUUUGAUUAAAUAAUUAUUAUUAUUGAUAUUUAUAUUAUUAUUAUAUUCAUAUACCGCCCUCUUGUCCGUAUACACCAGUGAAUUGUAAAUUACAACAGCAUAUAAACAAAUAUAUAUAUAUAUAUACAUACAAGGGGUUCAAAGAGUUUGGUAACGAAUUAUAUCCUAUCUUCUAUUUGAACACUUUGUAUAAAAUAAUAUAUGAUGUUGUAAGUUACGUCACGAUACGCGGCGGUCGGUGAUUAUUAAACUUUAUAUAAGAAAUUAUUUUGUUCCUCUAACUAUAAUUUUUUUAUAUUGAUAUGUUUUGUUUUACUCAUUGUUUUUCAUUUUUUAAUCAUAUCAUUAUUGUAUUGCGUUCCGAAAAUGGUGCGUUUAUCGGUUACGACACUGUUUUAAUUGUACGCCAAUGUUUUUAUUUCGUGCAAAUUUACUUUUCAUAAUAUUAUUAUUUAUUAAUUUUUAAAAUGUAUUCGUAAUUUUCAAAUGUGUACAAACACCAUAAGAGAUACGAAAAUUAUGUCGUCACUUUUUUUGGCCCUGCAUGUUGUCAAAAAUCACGCACAUCCCUUUUUAAAAUCAAUGAGAAAAAUCACACUAAUAUAAUUGUAUACCUAACUAUUAUUUUAUUAUAACCGACGAUAAACAACGAUUUUGUAAUGUAUUUUUUUAUGU